GUGCGUGUGCAUGAACUCUCUUGCAUGUGCACACGGUUCUUUUCCCCUCCCCUCAGGGCCGUCUCUGCUUGCUCACUCCUGCCCGUUCCCCCGGCAGCCAGCACUUGGCAGGAGCUCAAGCGAGUGGUCAGAUGCCACGAGGACCUUGCGUGUUUUGCAGGGCGUUGCUCUGGUCAAGAUUGCCCCGUGGAGUGAAGCUGGAGCUGAGAAGCAGAGCUCUGUGGGAGGAUGGGAAAUUGUCUCCUGAGAGAGCUCAGCUGCCUGGGAAAGAAUCCAAAGAAGAACAGGAAGGAAAACCGAGGAGUGAAAAGGAAACGGCAGGAAGUGGCCAUGGUUGAAGGAGAGACUCAAGGUCAAGAUAAGAAUGGUAAAGAAUUUCUAUCCACUUCUAAUCAGGAACCCGGCUCCGAGGAGGUGUGCUACACCGUCAUCAGCCAUCCGCCCCUGCGCUGGCCCUCGCUGAGCUCCAACGACGACGGCUACGAGAACGUCGACCGCGCCUCGCGGCGCCCGGGGCGGUCCAGGGGCUCCCAGGAAACGGAGUACGCGCUGCUGAGGACCUCCACUGCCAGCCCCAUGGCCAGCACCCUGGAGCACGACUACGAGCUCGUGCUUCCGUGCUAGAGCCCGCUGCCGCCCCCAGCGAGGCCCGCGGGGCCAGGUCCGCUGCGGGUCUCUGCGCUGCCCGGGCGGCUUGUGGGCGGCGCCCCUGUGACUUGGGUGGGGUCACCUGGUCGCAGCGGCGCGGAGCGUGCACACUCUGCCUGCCAAGCCGGAGGUCGCCGAGGGUGGUACCUCCAGCACCGCGGUGCGCCGCGCAGGUCCUCGCAGCUCAGGUCCUGUCAUUUCUCCAGUUGCUGGCGCGGCACCUCCACUUGUACCUGCUCAUUUGGACCUGUCGUCUGCUUAAUAAACCCUCAGACCCUAGACCGAGGGCGGACUCUGCCGACCUGACACUGACUGACCCUGCUUUUGUCUUCUCCGGUCUUUCUCAGAGGAGGGACGCAAGUGUCCCAGAAAGAAAGGACAAAGGAUUCGGACGUGGUUGCUCGUCAGUCCAACCGUAAAGAUGAGGAUUCUUUUCAAAGAUUAGUAAAAAAUGAAAACAAACAAAAACUUCACCGAAAGUCCCUGUGCUUAUUUAUGGCUUUGCUCGCAGCUCACUGCGACACAAGGCUGGUUUUAACGCCUGCAUUCCCGGUGAACCUCAGGAGUGAGCCUCUGAUGACCGCCCUUCCUGAGAAGCUGCAGGCCAGAGCCCACAGUGUCUCCCAUAGCCACAGGGUCCCCCCUUCCCACCCCAUGAGCACUCACGCAGGACUCCAACCAAGCUCUGCCUGUCCUACUUGUUGCAUGCAGAUUUUGACUAGUUUUGUGCUUCUUGGUGGUGAUGUCGUUGUCUGAAAGAACUUAAUGGAAAUCGAGUAACUCCAGCACCGCCAUCCUGUUGGUCUAGUAAAAAUCAGACCACUUUAUGCAAACUGACAAAGUUAUUUACUCCCUGUAUGUCUCUGUCCUUAUUCCUAGUGUAUAAUAAGCCUGGCGUUGAAGGUGAGAUUGAGGGGCUGUGGUAGGGCUUGGUGGGCAGCUGGGGACUGGAAGGAGGGUGACCUCAGAGUUGGGGACAGGGAAGCCCAGGAAGUCGUGUGCUAAGUCCUUGGUCAUGCUAAGUCUUACCUGUUCAUCUGUUAGUGGACCUUUUGACAAGCAGGGUUUAUAAUUUUGAUGAGGUUAGAAUUAUGAAUCAUUUUAAUAUUUUGCUUUCUGUGUCCUAACUGACCAUUUUAGGCUCCCAAGUUAUGAGCAUGUUCUCCUGUGAUCUUGUGUUAGGCUUUGUGGUUUGAGCUUUUCCAAUUAGAAUUCUGAUGAAUCUCAGAUCAAUUCUGUUCACAGUGUAGUGUCAUGAAAUUAUAUUCUCAGAUUACAUUGAAAUGUAACCAUCUGUUUUAAUAUUCUCUUCUCUGCAUUAGAUCCACUGUAGACUGUUAAACAGAUGAUUGCUCACUGUUUGUGGUUAUAUUGUCACCAAAAAAUGUUCCUGCAGAGGAGACCUCAGCUCAGGACCAGGGAGGCUCUCCAUCCAUCUGAUUCAGAAGGAUUUCAGCACGUGUUAGUCAGAGACAGACUUAUUUGGGAAAGUGGAUACACAUUCAAGGGGGAAAUUUGGCCCAUCUGGAGAGUGGGUCCCAGGAUUCUUCUUCAAAGGAACCUGGAUGAGUUGUGUGGGAAGGACAUCAGUCUGGUGACCACAGAUGGUUUAUGAUGGUCUGGUGUUCUCAGGAUCCUCAGACUGAUGUGUUCUCUAUUACUGUUUGGUAGAUAAUGCUGGAAAAUCCCCUAACUUAUAGUUUUAUAAUUUUCUUAAAAUACAUUGUUAAGGGGCAGACAGAUGUGACUGGCGGAAACAUGAGGUUAAGGGAAUAAUUCUACAAAAUGGGCCUACUGUGCUGACCCCUGAAUACUUUUACUUUCAAAAAACAAUUUCCCUGCAGUUCUGUCUGGCCUAAGUGGACAGGAUAUGUCACAUUCCUGUUAUCUGCAGGGGAAAUGCAGGCCUUGAAAUGCUGAUAAGAACAACACAGUCACCCUGAAGGGGGAGACUUUUGUGACCCUUACACAGAACCAGUCAGCAUGGGCCAAGGUGACCUAGAGUAGUCAUGGCAGUGGGGACUUGAAAGUCUGAUGUCAUCCUGCUGUCAGUCAAAAGUCGGGAGUUUUCUGGAUUCUCUGGAAAGUUCCCUGGGAAUCCUCCAACAAAACUGGAGGGAAGCAGAGGCACACUGUCCCUCUUCUGUCUGAGAGGACCCUCUCUCUCUGCCCCCUGACAGUUCCUUUUCCCAUCCCUUGUAAUGAACUCAUGCCUGCUACUCUGAGUGCCGGGUCUGAGAUUGACUUAAUCACAAGAGUCGAGGUUUGAAGGGAAUCUUUGCGCUGCCUGGGUUUCCCAGAGCUUCACCCUGUAGCUGAUUGAGUUACUGGCCACUUGGGUUCAACUCCAUCUCAGGACUCCUCUCCUCCCAGAAGGUCAGUGGUGGGGUGGGGCUGGAGAGUCCUUUCAUCCCAGAACUUCUAGGGGACCCUGCCAUCCUCUAGCUGGCCCUAAAGCAGGUGGGCCAGAGGGGCAUUCUUAGGGGUAACCCAAAGCAGUUCUCCUAGGAAAUUCUGUGGUUUUAAAAGCAGACUGUGCUUGGAAUUUGGGGAAAAUUUAUAUACUUUUUAUUUUACAAAAUAUAAAUAUUUCCAUUAAAUGUAUUUGUGACAAGUAAGCAUUGCAGCCAGCCAAAAUACUCUUCCUUCCCAUUUUUUUGUCAAUUGUGUUAACUCUAAAUUUCCACAAGAAAGAUUACAACUUUUUUCAUAUUUGCAUAUUCUGCUCCAAGAAACUCAAGAUUGAUUUGUAGAACUAGUGCCAAGCUCAGGCUGCACCUCUCCUUGAUCAGGACUUUCUUGCUGGCCAAAUUGUACUCAGCCCCUUUGAACUCUUUCCCAAAGGGACUGACACUCAGCUUCCAUUACAGUCUCUGUGUUGUCCAAGUUUAGCAAGUAACCUGCUGUAGGUGACCAGGGACACCCUCAGGGCAAGGCACUGUUUGCAUCAGGUUCAUCAUCCUCUACCCCUGGGGGAGGCCUGGCCGCUGCCCUAGCCUGCCUUCAGCAAGAAUCCUGUGGAACUGACUUAGUCGGUGUAUCUUGGUGUUUCUUCCUAGAAACGCUCCACACUGACCAUCCUGCUCCUCUUCUCUAAAUUCUCCAGUCCGAUUUAUAUCUGGAUUUGAGCCCAGUCUCUCUCCCCUGCUGCAAAACCCCAUUACAACAGACAGAUUCACAUGAGGGAAACAAAUGGAGUUCAUUACACUGAGUUUUACAAUCCAUGGAAGAGAUCAGGGGAUCAGUAAUCCUCAGACAGGCAACCCAGACCUCCAGUGUCCCUGGCACCUUCAAUAAGAUUAGUGAAUUGUUAAAGUGACAAGGAAAAGGGAGAAGACUUCAGGUCUCCAGGAACAGCAGGCUGUGGGAAGGCAAAUAGCUGGCAGAUAAGGGAGAGUCGGGCAUCUCCUUCUAUAGAUUCCUCCUGUACCACCUCCAGGGGGAAGGUGUCAUUAUUGGUUGGGGCAGGAGGACCCUCACAGCUGGGGCUGUGUCCUGCCCCAGGCAAAGGGGACUCAGAGGCCCUUCCUGCACCAGCUCCUCCCAUGGCACUCAGCUUAAAACACUGAUGUUGAAGAGACAUGCACUGCUGAUCCACUAUGUCAAUCCAGUUCUUCUUAAGAGUACAUUUCAAUUUUGUGCAAUCAAUCCUAACAUUUUUUGAUUUACAUAAGUGAUGCUUGCUAGUGACCUGAAAUUUCAGUGUAUCAAUACAUGGUUGUCGAUUUGAUCUUUAAAUCAAUAAAAGCUGUCCUAUUUUGCCAA